AGCAAGGAGAAUUCCUCUGUCAAUCACAGUGGGAAGUUUCAAUCGGCGCUGUAGUUAGCGGGUUUUACUCAGCCCGGCACAGAUAUCUCCGCCGGUCAAAAUGGCGAAAAAAACCUCUGCGAAACAAGGAAAAGAUUUCUUUGACACCCGAAACGGCCAAGUUCUUGCAGACUUGAAUUUCGCUCAGCGAACUAGUUCUUCAAAUCCGAAGACAGAAAUUGGAUUCAUUCGAGAAGCCUUCCCGCUUCGAAGUAAAGAUGACAUAACCUUAGUCUUGCAAUCGUGCGAUUACAAUGUGGAAGCAGCUAUUGCUUGCUUCACCAAUGGAGAGGCAGAUAAUAUCUUGAAAGAGUGGAAUAUCCAGGGAGGAAAGUCAAAGAAUGCAAAAAAGAAGAGAAACAAGAAGAAGCAGGCAAAACAUGAUGAACCAGAGACGGUAGAAGUUGCUGCGAUACCACAGAAAGAUGAUGGCGUUUCACAACUAGAUCCAUACAACAUUAAAGAUGUAACAGUCACAACUGAAGAUGACCCAGAAAAGCCACUAUCAGCAGUGACCACAAGUCUGGAAUGCAUCUCCCCAUCUCCUACUCUGCAGCUGCCUCAUCCACCAUCACCAUCAAGCUCAGAAGUCUCCCUUCCUUCUUCAAACUCUGACCAGCCGUCUGAUGCCACUCAAGACCCUGAACUUCCAUCCAAGCAUUCACAAGGUAGUCCCAGUCAUAACAGCCAUUCUCCUGCAAAACUUGAAAGGAUGACCUCAACUGGUCCCGAUGCUCUUAAAAAGACAGUAAAAGAUCUGCAGCGCUCCAGUGUUUCACUUCCAAGGUUUCAGCUUCUCUUGGAAGAGGAAUGUGACAAGUCAUUCAAAUCAAUUGCUGAGACAUUUCAAGAAUUAAGACAAUGUUUAAAUGACAGGGAAGCUCAUCUUCAUGCUCAAAUGGAAGAGUUUAAGAGGCAGGCAGUUGAAUUGUUGGAACAAAGGCAAGAAAAUGCAGCAGCAUUGAAGCUGAAAUCAGACAGAGUUGGUGGAAUGCAGGAGGCUGAAGUGACGCAGCUAAGGAGUGAAAUAAAGAAUUUUGUUACUGAGCGGAAAAUUGACGAGGAGCUGGCCAGAACGACCCGUUUUGUUGGAGAUAGGGAUAAGCUGAAGUCAGUGAUUGCAAAUUUUGGAGAAGUUGUGCCUAUCAAGAGCUGCUAUAGUCCAGUCACGUUAAACCCCCCUCCACUGCCUACCAAGAAGUCAGAAGGAAGCAAUGCUGAUAAGAAAGUGACAGAAACUGUCCCAUCAGGCAAAUCAGACUCAUUGUCAGUUCCUGCUAACAUUACUGUUCCUGUUAUCACUGUAGCUAAUGAUGAGAAUUCCGUAUCUAACCACAAGGCCCUUCAAGAGGUGGCAGAACUCCAUGCAAAGCUUCAAGCAGCUCUUCAGCUACAAGGCUUGUCAUCUUCAACUGGAAAACACCCAGAAGGACAAAAUCAACCAAAACCUGACCACAAGAAGGACAGACCAAAUUCAGCCUUACAAGCACCGCAUCAACAGCAAACAUCACGAAGAUCACAAACAGCACUUCCACAAAGUCGACAACAGAGAAAGGAAGGCAAUCAGCAGGGAGAGAGGACAGGGCCCAACCGAUCAGCUGAACCAAGAGGUUCUCAACAGGACAGGCAAAACAGUAACCAAUCAAACAGAAAUCCCAAGAGAUCUAAUCAACGCAGACCACCUGAAAGAAAUUCUCAAUCUGAAACUUCAUACCAGAGGGGUGACAAAGCAAAAAAUGGAGCUACUCAUUCAGCUGAAGCACAUCAGCAGGCUAAGCUUGAUAAGGACAAACGACCUAAAAGUAAUUCUGAGAAAGUUACGUCAGAAAAAUCUGUGACUGUUGAGGAGCACGCAAAAUCAGGAAACAGAACUCGGCGGUUGCAAGAACCAAGGGAGGGUGGGGACGAAAGGCGUGGCAAUAGGAAUAGAAGAAGAGGGGGUAGGAGAGAAGCCUCUGGGGACCAAAAUAUGUUCAGUGAGAGGGCCCAGGGAGAAAAGGGCUCGGGAGAUAAGCAUGUCAAGGGUCCAGGAGAAAAGCAAGAAAAUGGCCCUGAAAAAGAUCAUCUUGAAAAAGAAGAAGUGAAAACAGAAGUUAAAGGAGAAGGUAAUCAUGACGAGAACCAGAGUACUAACAAGGGAGAUGGUCUAAUGGAAAACAAUGGACAGAAAGAUAUUGCACCAGAACCUCCAGCUGAGGAUGGACUGAAGACUAACAUAGACAACAAUUCUGCAGCUUGUUUAAAUGGUGAGAAAAACCAUGUUCCAGAGAAAGAGGAGGGAGAAAACAAGGAUGCAUUGCCUCAAAGACCUAACAGGCCACCCAGAAGGAGGGGCCCUCAGAGAGAUAGAAAGGAUGGGCCAAGUGCUGGGCCAGCACCUGCGAGGCACCCAAAUGGAACCAAGUCAGUAGAAAAUGGGAUAGGUGAAUAUCACAGCAAGGAAAGCAGUGAUUCUGAAAUUAAAAUCCCAAAGUCAGUUGAAAAUGCACAAAAUCAGAUGGAAUCCAAGAAAGAAAAUCAUUCUGAACAAGAACUUGAAAAACACUUAGACAAAACAGUCCCUCCGAGAGUCAAUGGUUAUAUUCCCAUGAAAGAAAUUAAUGAGGUUAGUAUAGGAAGAUGACACUCUAGGAAACUUCAAGUGAAUUCUAUUUAUAAUACCCGCCUUGUUACAAGGUAGGCACAUGAAAUUAAGUAACUGAAUUCUAAAUAAUGUUGUUAUGUUAAAAAAGCUUUGCAGUUUUGAUGUCUGGUUGCUAUUUUAAACCAACUAUUUGGUAAUAUUAGUGAAGAGUUAAAAAAUAUAAAUUCAAGAAAUGACCAGUUGAAUUUCUGUGACAUUUUUUGUUUUUUUUACUGGAUUCCUUAUAGAAGAGGUCAUUGCAUUAAUUGGGCAUGAUGGAGAGUUACUGAAACAGCUUUCUAUUAUUUUUGCCUUCAUAUUGUUUUACUCUAUUCUUUAGGCAAAAAAACAUGUGUUGUAGUGUUCAAGGCUGUGCUCUAGAAGCACCUGGGUGCCAGAGGCAACUAACUUUUGCCUUUGAUGAUGACUAGCAAAAAUUACUCUUUUCAUUUAAGCUUAAGUGCUGGGCAGGCAGGAUUUCAUGAUUAGGAACCUAUAGGCUCUUUCUAAUUUGUCUUAGAGCACAGCCUUGGGCAGUUCUGACUAAAAUUGUUGUUUCAAACCAUUUUACCUUCAUCUGCCAGUUUUUUACCUGCAGUUAUAAGUGUUACGAGAGUUAAGUGUUUCAUUGAUAUCAUUGGUGGCAAAUUAUGCCUUAAUUUUGGUGCAAAAUUUCAGCCCUAAUUUAUAAUUUCACUUAUGAAAUUACGAAAUUGCCCUGGCCACAUCUGGCAGAAAUUUUGUCAAUACAGUAAACAAAUCAAAAACCCACAAUGGUAAACGUAAUUUGUCACCCAUGAUAUUGAAAGGUAAUCAAAUGGUAUACCUGUAGAAUUAAGAAGUAUUUUUACUUGUGUUUUGUCAAAAUUUCACGCGGAAAUUAUUUCCAAAUUUCACGUGUCAUCAUUUGAUUACCCAUUCUAAUGAUAAUAAUCAUUAUGGUAGACCUAAUAUAGUCAGACGUGAUAAACUGGCUUUGCAUUGUCUGUGCCAAUCACAUCUCGCAACACUUUUAUCUGAGGCUUAUAUUUUCUCAUGUAUAGUCAUAUAUAGGCUUAUGUUGCAAUGGUGAAUCUGAGAGAGGGCCUGGGGCCUCCUCCAUUACUCGCGAAAAUACUUAAUGCCUGAAUGGCCAACAAGUUUUUGACAUCCCAUCUUUUAGGCCCAAUUGGCCAAAAAAGUCUCUGGAUCAACCUGUGUCGUUGAGGGGCCUAAAGGCAGCACAAAGCUGUGCCAGGAACUGCGGAGACCAUUUUAAAGUGGUAGAGCUAAAAAAUCUGCUCAACACAAACAAACGUUAAGGUCAGCGUAGACGCGUUUUAUUACUUUCAAGUAGUAAAAUCUGUAUUUUAUCUAUGUCAAUGGUCCCUGUGUGCAGGGUUUUAAAUAAAUAAUGAACAGAUUAGCGUAACCUGUUAUUUAGCCUCCCAAACAGACACUCUUAGGGGGCGUCACCCUUUCCUUCCCCACACAAGAAAGACAAGAAACUCAUGACGAGCCCUGCGAGCGUCUGCGUGGGAGGGUACGGUCUUCCUGUUAAGGAGAUUUCAAGUUGUUUGUCACACAAUCUUCUCUAUUAAACUGAGUGACAUUAAAAAGAGAUGCAUGACACGGGAUUGCGUGACAAGCCACAAGAACAUAGAUAUGUUUAACUCCUGAAAGCGCCUCUAUUACGAAGGUGCCCUACUCAGAUCUUUCAGUCACUUUAUCCAAUUUUGUUUGAAGCCUGCUAUAGAUUUUGGGGAUACUGGAGUAGUGACACAGAAAGCUACAUUAAACACAGAUUAAUUUUCAAGUUCAGUUAAAUUGAAUUUAAAGAAAAUGACUUGCGAUUAAAAGAA